AUGACUGCUACAUUGAACGGGACGUUCAAUUCCGCCCCUGACACACCCUCCCCCGUCUAUCCUGAUCGUCUAAUCCGACCUCUUCCUCGACGUACCCUGCGUUCGCGGUUAUCGACCGACGCAGCAGGCACUAUCAACUACCCACCGACACCACCAGCGUCGCAGAUUUUUUACGGCGUUGGGGACACCGAGGAAGUGGCCCCUCAUGGGAAAGCCUACGCUCGUCAAAAAGCGAUUGACCGACACGAACUCACUCCUGAGGCGGACACUCAGGAUUUCGAGACCGCUGUCGAGCUGGAGAGUGGAGACGAGGACGGAUCGGUUGUUGUCCGGCGCAGUGCUGGGUUUCGAAGAUCGAUGUCUGCAGGCGCGAGUCCUCGCCAUGGGGACCUCUCAACCCAAGCCAUGAACGAAGCGACCAAACAGAACCAUAUAUCAGAAGAGGGGUCCGAGGGUUUACAAAAAGCGGUGGGGCCUGAUGGCUAUGAUGCCUUUGAAAACACAAACAACAAGAAAAAAAGAAAAAUACCGACGCCAGGGAAUAUGGGGGGUCAUCACUCUGCGCUCUCACCGGAAUUCGCCAGCAUGGGUAUUGCUAGCUCAGCAUCUUCUUCUCCACCCCCGGCUAACGACGGGCUGGCCACUGGCACUUAUUAUGGAAGUGGAAAUCCUGCUUCACCCGUUAGCAGCGGAAUUUCUGGGUCUGGUCGUGGUCGUCUGGGACGAAGCUCAACUCGUAUGAGCACGGGACGGAAUCCACUCUCUGCGAACGCCCAGAAUGCAUGGAUGACCAGCAAUCCACGGGCACCAAGUCGACGGGAUGGGUUGCUGUCCUCUCCUGUAUCACCAGGUGACUCUUCAGAUCAAGGCAUCAUAUCUACGGCGAUCGCCAACGCAGCGUCUCUCUCCCCUCCACCUCACGGCCCAACCAAUAUCAGCCUGCUAGACCAAGAAAACACGACCCCGACCAAAACACAGUUCACUUUCACCUGCGAGUCAGACUCUUCAAAGGGAAUGGCUAUGCAGCGAAACUCGUAUUCCAGCUCAUACCGCUCGCCCACCUCCCCUCUUGCUUCAACCACCCACAAUCCGCGAGGCCUAUCCGCGCAAGGGAGCCAGAUGAACCCUGAUAUGUCUAUUCCCAUGAACCCGCAGGCCCAUCAUGGUGGCCAGCCGACUCCUGCGCAAGGAGACCAAGUUUCUGUCGGACGUAAGAAAAAGCGAUCUCCUGGAAGUGUCUAUGCGUUGGCAGCUCGGCAGCGCAAAAUCCAACAACAAUAUACCAACAUCCAUCACCCGCCUCGCUUGGAAGACAUCUGGAUCUGCGAAUUUUGCGAGUAUGAGAGCAUCUUUGGACAUCCACCGGAGGCUCUCAUCCGCCAGUACGAGAUCAAAGAUCGCAAAGAGCGAAAACGAUUGGCGGAGAAGAAGCGCCUCCUCGAAAAGGCGAAGAUGAAAGGCCGAAAAACCAAGAAGCCCCCCAAAAACUCGAAGAAUGCCACCUAUCACCCUGGGUAUCAACCAGGCUACGAUCGUGGUUCUGUGGACCACUCCUCCGCUGCCGGGUCUGGUCAUCCGGAUGACGACUAUACAGGCCACGAAUAUGACGAUGACCAGGGCUCUAUUCCGGGGCCCGAUCCUGCAUCACCGUCCGAGAUCAAACCUCCGCUGCCUUUGACAGCUCAUCCAGCCCAAAAUGGCUCUUCCGGCGGAGUCGCCAAGGCUGCAGCAGAUGUGGGAGCUCGUCGCCCGGCGUAG